GUGAUUGUUACUAUAAAUAUCAAAGGAGGUUUAAAAUGUAUGGUUCCUCUGGAAUGUGUACUAGCUUCAGUUAAAAAAAAUUUAGCCAGUUCAAUUUAAACGAGGAUGGAUGUAGAGGAUCGUCGACGUUAUUUUAUUGUAGGAUCAGUAUUUUUUGAGAUUGUUCUACCACUGUUCAGAACCAGAUUAGAAAAUGACUACAGAAGUAAAGGGCAGGGAUCUUUACAAGCUUUUCUUAGCACCCAACCAGUAAUACACAUACUGUUUCAUCUACGACACAGAAAUGCCAGCUGCUGUAAAGACAACCUCAAAUGUUUCAAUAAAUCAAAUCUUCCGCUGAAUUACUGUCAGUGGGAUCUGCUGUACACUGAGAAUUCAAGUCAACCUGGUCACAACUGUCAUUGCAAGUUCAUAGCAAACCCAGUACAGCUAUGUGAGCUUGAUAUAACAUUAGCAAGUUUAAUCUUAUUGAACUGCUGCCAUCUACAACCAUCUGAAGAAAACGCUGUACGCAAAUUACGUCGCUUCAAGAAUAAUUAUCUCAGCCACAACACCGAAGGUCAAAUUACCGAAACAGAGUAUAAGAGCUUAUGGACAGAUUUGACGAGUUUUGUCCUACAGCUAGAUCCAAAUAAACAAGAUGACCUCAUCAGGAUAGAUAACAGACCUCUUGAUGAAGGACUGUGUAUGAGAUACAGUACAGAAUUUUUGAACAUUCACAAAAAACUGAACGAGAUGGACACUCGUAUGCAAGGAAUUGAUUCCGCUGUGCAGGAGAUAUUGAGUUACCACAGAAAUGAAAUCAUUUGCCAGUACUGCAAGAAAAAGUUGAUUGAACAAGGCAUAGAUGAAAGCAAUAUUAGUCCCUACAAACUUGGGCAGAAUAUCUUUUAUCCUCAUCAUCAGAUUAAUCUGAAGUCAGAAUUCAGUACAUUAUUGCCUAGAGCGACAUUAGAUGUCGUUAUGAUGGAUGACGGUAGACUUGUGCUUUGUUCGUGCUUCCAGUUCAGACUACUUAUCUGUAACACAGAUGGAUCAGAGAUAGCAGCUAUACCAGUCGAUGCAGAUGGAAGUAGUCUUACUGCUGUCAACAACUCCACAGUGGCAGUUAUUGUUAAUCAACCGUUCAGUAAUCCUAGAAUCGAGUUGUAUGACAUAAACAAUAAACACAAAAUUGAAUCCAUAUCACUAUUUGGAUUUGAGGAUACUUUUGGCAUGACAAUGAUAAAUGACAAUUUAGUAGUAGGUGCUGAUAGGGAACUAUUGAUAAUUGAUUAUCAGACAGACGAGAUAUUACGGAGAAUAGGAACACACUGCCACCCAUGGGGAAUAAAUGUUUCUGGUAACAGAAUAUUCUUCAGUGAAGAAAUGGAAAACAACCUUUACUGUUACAGCUUUAUCGAUGACAAAAUACACACAUUAACACUACCAUCCAUCCCAUAUCCAAUGACUACACUACAAGACGGUAGUCUGUAUGUUCUUUGUGAGGAUGGAUCUGUACAACAUGUAUCAUCCAAUGGGAAACAGUUCAAAACUUUGAAAACAAAUCAAUCCCACGUUUUCAAUUAUCCUGGCCAGAUACGAUACAAUUCAAAAUCAGAAAAAAAUGGUCACAUAUAGUUAUCAGUUUGGAAUGAAAAUACUUCAUGAAUUAUAAAAUAUGGAACUUG